UCUUAUAAUUUUUAUAGAAUCGCUUAAAUCUAAGAUAAGAGCUAGAAGUGGCAAUGGCGAUAAUCUGAAAUUAAUUUUAUUCAUCAAAAUAAUUCGCAGUAUAAUUAAAUAUUUCUUAAAUGUAAUUUUCUAUAAGCAAUUGCACUCCAGAACACGAAAACAUAACUGUGGUUCAUUAAAAGUAGUUUGCUACUUAAACCAUAUUUGAAUUUAUUUUUUCAAAAAAAAGGUGUUACAUUUUUAUAUUAAAUACCUUUUCAUCAUAAAAUACAAAAAUUCAAUACUUUGAGCUGAACUUGAUAAGCGGCUCAAGUUUUAAAAAAAAACAUCAUCUAUAUUUAUUAUAAUAAUAUGCAUAGUAUGUAUUAUGUUAACUUUUUGGUCUAUGAUACAUUUCAACUUUCAAGUAAUUAUCAAAAUACGAUAAGAUAUACCUUAUUCACACGGUAUAGAGUGGUUAUAUAUUUUUUGAAGUCGACAUAUUGUAUUUUGCUAAGACCGGGACAAACAUUUUUUGUGUAAUUUGUAUGGGAAAAAUCUAGCUACUUUCCACGAUCAACCAACAGUUUUUAUAAUAAACUAUUUUUUCGUUAUUGGAAUACCACACGUCAUUCACACAGGGUGGUAAGCAUUCUACGAUAUAUACGCUAGUGUAAGGUAAAAAACUCAACGUUACAAAUCGGAAUGAGGAAAACAGAACAAAUUAUCAAUUAAUAAUUGUAGGUAUGUGACGAUAAGAAAUACCGCGAGGGAACAGGAAAACGAACGUAUUCGUCUAUAAUCAAUAUAACAGUCGUCACCGAUCCGGAAAUAUUAGUUGUUUUGUGUGGCACGGGCGGAAGUGAGCUAUUUUGGUUGAGGGCGACGUUUGCGGCACGAGCCGCAGUCGAGGGUUGAAAAUUGUCCAAAACUGAAAUCGCUCUCCCACACGAGCAACACUUACUAUUUUUGCCAUCCCCUUCGAAAACGUAUCUUAUAUCAGUUAUAUCAAUAUCAUGGUAAUCCAUAACGAACUGUUCUUGAUAUAUUUAAAUAUUAGAUUUUCCAAACGGUUUCGCAUAGAACGGCACGGGAUAGUAACCAAUAGUAUAUUUUGGUAUAAUAGAUGAAACGUAUCGAUAUACGUCCUAGUAUAUUAGUCUGCUUUGGACAUUAAUAUUUCCAUAGUGGGGAUUUACAUUUUCCCACCCUCUGCGAAGAGAGAAAAAGUGUAAUUUACCAUCUGCAAUAACCGGCAUCUAACAUUUAACUUAUUCGGUUCAGGCGCAACAAAAAUAAUUUAAGAAUAGAUUUUGUCAGUCAAUCAAGUAAUCAAUUUCAUUAUUUUACCAAUUAUUACAAUGAUUGAAGUUUGCUUCCGAAACACUUAUAUCGGGAUAACGGGACGCUAUACAGAAAACCUACGUAUCUGAGGGCCAAUCCGGGAUGGAAAUCCCAAAUAUUUUAAAAAGCUCGUAUACAUUAAUUAUAUAAACUUGCAACUCAAUAACGUUUUUAUAUUUCGGAACGGCGGCCGAUCACGUAAUUAAGACGACUCUUAGUCUGCAAUAUACUCGCUGUUAUCAUCCUAAUUUACUAUACAACGACUUCAACUCGAGUAAACUAUUACAUAACUAUAAAUGAAAUACAAAAAUUAUUAGAGUAUAGUUUAUUGUUAUUUAUUUGUAGUAGUCUUGGGAUGGAGCGAUGUACCAUGCCGCCGCCAGGUCAAUUAUAUAUAUCACGAGUGCUGCAUAAUAAUUUCGAUGACGUGCUUCCAAAUCCUGGUCUGGCAGGUAUAGCCGUGUAGGAACUGUAUACAACGAAGUAUGAGACUUUUUGAAUCGACCGGAAUAGCUAUUAUGAAUACAUAAAAGGCUACAAUUUGUUAUUCGAUUGGAAAUCUAAUACCUACGUUUUACAAUCUCAGAGUCGACAACUAUUUUUAUCGAACUUUGCAAAAUGCCGAAUAGUUAUUACGGUAAUAAAAUACGAAUAAUAGGGUUUUUCGUAGCAAGCAUGUGUACUGUGCAAUGUUAAAUUAAUAUUCUGUAUACGAAAUUAUCUAUUAAACUAUAGGUACAGAAUAUAGGUAGGUAAUGUAUUUAUAUGGUUAUAAUUUAAUUGGAAAUUAUUCGAUAAGUAUAUUCGUUAUUUAAACCUAUAGUAUUAAUAAUGUAUUAUAGGAGGUACCUAUAGUAUUUAAGUAUUAUUCACAUAAACAAAAACAAAUUUGAGAAACGAAUUCCUGUCGGGCACUAUCAGCGGAAAACCUUAAUACGCUUGCAUAACGCAUAUUUAUACUAUAUUAUAUUGCGCUGGUACAAUAAAUCAUGUUGAGAAAAAUAAUAAAUUUAAAGUAUCAAAUUUCUAAUUAAAAAAGCUUAUAGCCGAUGAAAAUACGUAUUUAAGACAUAAACGAAUGAAAGUGUACAGCUUGGAAACUAAUUCUAUCGUCGAGAGAAAAUGGUUUCUGGACUUGUUGACGUGCAUGUUCGGAGUGGGUGCUUGGAUACUGGUCAACAGCCUGUACACGCAGCUUCCAUUGCUCGUGCAGAGCGCGCCCGAGGGAUGGAACUUGCCUUCCUACUUGUCAAUCGCCAUACAAACCGGAAACCUGGGCCCGCUACUGUACGGCGCCUGGCGCCGGAGAUACGGCAACCGGUACGACAGGCCCUUGACCAUCGCCGUGCUCGUUUUCGGCGUGGCGUCCGUGUUCCUGUUGGCUCGGUUCUAUGACGUGACGGGCGUCGUGUUUGGCGAACCGCACAGCGUCGUCCUCUGCGUGCUCACGUUCGCCGUGGCGCUGGUCGGGUGCACCAGUUCCGUCCUGUUCAUACCAUCAUUGGCCCGGUAUCCGGACAUAUACCUGGUCACGUACAUGGUUGGCGAGGGCAUCAGCGGUUUCGUGCCCAGCGCGGUCGCAAUUGUCCAGGGCGUGGGCACCACCACCUGUCGGACGGUAGUGGGGCCAGACGGAAAGGUUUCUGAGGAAAAGUCGACGACCGACGCGCUCUUCUCCUCUGGGCCGUUUUUCGUCGGCAUCGGAGCGAUAAUGUGCGCGAGCACGGUGUCGUACCUGUGCUUGGAGUACUUGCCGACCUGCAAGAAAGAAAAGAUUCGGACGCCGCCGGACGACGACGGCCACCAGACGAUCGGCGGCGGCGGCACUGACAACCGCAGCCGUCGUCUGAACGUUGCGCUACUGGCCGUCCAAGGCGCCAUCGUGUUCUUUGCCAACGGACUGUUGCCCAGCAUCCAAUCGUUCUCGUGUCUGCCAUACGGAUACAUGGCGUACCAUUUCGCGACAAACCUGUCAAAUAUCGCCAACCCCGUGGCUUGCUUCGUCGCCUAUUACACGAAUCGAACGUCCAAAACCGUAAUUUACAUGCUGUGUGGCAUUUGUUUCGUGUCCACAUUGUACAUGCUGAUGACCGCCUUUAUGAGUUCGUCGCCCCCGUUACAAAAUUCGACAGCUGGAACAGUCUUGAUCGUUUUUAUGUGGACUUUAUUUUUUGGAUGUGCUUCUUAUGUUAAAUUGUCAAUAGCUGCAGUACUACGAAACAAAGGUAACAGAGGACUAUUUCUUUAUGGUUGCAUCACUCAAAUUGGAUCAACAGCAGGAGCAUUGAUCGGAUUUUAUUUAAUUAACGUUGUACAAUUGUUAAAAUCAAAUGCACCUUGUUGAAGGGUUUAAUUUUUAAUAAUAUAAUUAUAAAUGUUCCUUUAAA